AUGGCACCCCGGAAACGCGGCGGCGGCCGCAGCGGCCUCUCCUUCAUCUUCUGCUGUUUCAACGGCAAUGAUCACCCAGAGAUCACCUACAGGCUGCGGGAGGACUUUGCCCUGCAGGUCAUGGAACCGGCACUGCCCAUGCCAGGGUACGAUGAGCUGGAUGGCAUGUUCUCCGAGUUGGUGGAUGAGCUUGACCUCACAGAGAAACACAGGGAAGCCAUGUUUGCCCUACCUGCGGAGAAGAAAUGGCAGAUCUACUGCAGCAAAAAGAAGGAACAAGAGGAAAACAAAAGUGCAACGAGUUGGCCAGAGUACUACAUUGAUCAGCUCAAUUCAAUGGCAGCUAGAAAGACUCUUCUUGCUCUGGAGAAAGAAGAUGAAGAGGAAAGGAACAAGACCAUAGAGAGUCUGAAGACUGCUCUGCGGACACAACCUAUGAGGUUUGUGACACGUUUCAUCGACCUGGACGGUUUAACCUGUAUCCUCAACUUUCUGAAGAGCAUGGACUAUGAGACAACAGAAUCACAGAUUCACACGUCCCUGAUCGGCUGCAUCAAGGCCCUGAUGAACAAUUCCCAGGGCCGCGCCCAUGUACUCUCUCAUUCUGAGAGCAUCAAUAUCAUCGCCCAGAGCCUGGCCACAGAGAACAUCAAGACUAAGGUGGCAGUGCUGGAGAUCAUGGGCGCUGUGUGCCUGGUGCCAGGCGGGCACAAAAAAAUCCUAGAAGCCAUGCUGCACUAUCAGCGCUUCGCCUGUGAGAGGACUCGCUUCCAGACACUUCUAAACGAUUUGGACCGGAGCACAGGGCGGUACAGAGAUGAAGUCAGCCUGAAGACGGCCAUCAUGUCCUUUAUCAACGCUGUGCUGAGUCAAGGCGCUGGAGAGGCCAGUUUGGAAUUCCGCAUCCACCUCCGAUACGAGUUUCUGAUGCUGGGGAUUCAACCUGUGAUCGAUAAGCUACGUUCUCAUGAGAACUCCACGUUAGACAGGCAUUUAGACUACUUUGAAAUGCUGCGGAAUGAGGAUGAGCUUGCUCUGUCAAGACGUUUUGAGUCGGUGCAUAUUGACACCAAAAGUGCCACCCAAGUUUUUGAUCUCAUCCGCAAGAAGAUGAACCACACUGAUGCAUACCCGCACUUUAUGUCUGUCCUGCAUCACUGCCUCCUCAUGCCACACAAGAGAAGCGGCAACACGGUGCAGUACUGGCUGCUGUUGGACCGGAUAGUCCAGCAGAUGGUCUUGCAGAAUGACAAAGGUCACGACCCCGACGUCACGCCACUGGAGAAUUUUAACGUGAAGAACGUUGUCCGGAUGUUGGUCAAUGAAAAUGAAGUCAAACAAUGGAAAGAGCAGGCAGAGAAAAUGAGAAAAGAACACCAUGAGCUGCAGCAGAGGUUCGAGAAGAAGGAGCGCGAGUGUGACGCCAAAACACAGGAGAAGGAGGACAUGAUGCAGACGCUAAACAAGAUGAAAGAGAAGCUGGAAAAGGAGAGCACGGAGCACAAGAAUGUCAAACAGCAAGUGGCUGAACUCACUGCGCGGCUGCACGAACUCAGCACUAGACAGGCUGCUGUUGUGCCGGGUGGCCCGCCCCUGGCCCCUGGUCCCCCUGGCGGUCCUCUGCCUCCUCCUCCUCCACCAAUGUUUGCCGGUAUGCCCCCUCCUCCUCCACCACCUCCGGGCGGCAUGAUGCCUCCUCCACCACCACCACCUCCUCCACCGGGUGGCCCCCCGCCUCCACCUGGGCGCCCUCCCAUCGGAGGCAUCCCUCCACCACCAGGAGCACCCCUGGGACCAUCCCUGAAGAAGAAGAGUAUUCCCCAGCCAUCUAAUCCACUCAAGUCCUUCAACUGGGCCAAAUUGGCAGAGAAUAAACUGGAGGGCACUGUCUGGAUGGAUGUGGAUGACGGCAAGGUUUUCAAAAUCCUGGAUCUGGAGGACAUUGAGAAGACGUUCUCAGCCUACCAAAGACAGCAGGACUUCUUUAUGGUCAAUAACAACAAACAGAAAGAGGCAGAGGAUGACUCACUGAGCUCUAAAAAAGUCAAGGAGCUCUCUGUCAUUGAUGGGCGCCGAGCUCAAAACUGCAACAUCCUCCUGUCACGGUUGAAGCUCUCAAAUGAGGAAAUGAAGAGAGCCAUCCUAACCAUGGAUGAACAGGAGGACCUACCUAAAGAUAUGCUGGAGCAGAUGCUUAAGUUUGUUCCAGAGAAGAGCGAUGUGGAUCUCCUGGAAGAGCACAAGCAUGAGUUGGACCGCAUGGCAAAGCCUGACCGCUUCCUCUACGAGAUGAGCAGAAUAAACCACUACCAGCAGAGACUACAGUCUUUGUACUUCAAAAAGAAGUUUGCAGAGAGGAUAGCUGAGAUCAAACCCAAAGUGGAAGCUCUGUCCAAGGCAUCUAAGGAAAUUUUACACAGCAGAAACCUGAAGCAGCUGUUGGAGGUGGUAUUGGCCUUUGGAAACUACAUGAACAAGGGCCAGAGGGGCAACGCGUACGGCUUCAAGGUGUCCUCACUCAACAAGAUCGCUGAUACCAAAUCCAGCAUCGACAAGAAUAUCACUCUCCUCCACUACCUGAUCACCAUCCUGGAAAAGAAAUACCCCAAAGUCCUCAUGUUCCAGGAGGACCUGCAAAAUGUGUCCGAGGCAGCCAAAGUCAACAUGACUGAGCUGGAAAAGGAUAUUAAUAACCUGCGCAGUGGCUUGAAAAGUGUCGAGAAUGAGCUGGAAUACCAGAAGAAGAGACCGCAGGAGGUCGGUGACAAGUUUGUGUCAGUGGUGAGCCAGUUCAUCACUGUGGCCAGCUUCAGUUUCUCCGACGUGGAGGACUCUCUCACUGAGGCCAAAGAACUGUUCCUGAGGGCAGUGAAGCACUUCGGUGAGGAUGCCAGUAAGAUGCAGCCAGAUGAAUUCUUUGGCAUCUUUGACCAGUUCCUCCAGUCGUUUGCUGAGGCGCAGCAGGAGAAUGAGAACAUGCGCAAACGCAAGGAAGAGGAGGAGCGCAGGGCCAGAAUGGAAGCCCAGCUGAAAGAGCAGAGGGAGAAGGAGCGCAAGGCACGGAAAGCCAAGGCGAACGGGGAGGACGACGGCGGCGAGUUCGACGACCUGGUGUCAGCGCUGCGGUCGGGUGAGGUCUUUGACAAGGACCUGUCCAAGAUGAAACGCAACCGCAAGCGCAUCAAUAACCAGACCACGGACUCAGGCAGAGAGAGACCGGUCACAAAGCUCAACUUCUAAGCGGGGUUCGGUUUGCUAGCCUGUCUCUUCAGUCCCGCUGUGCUUGCCCCCUCCCACUCAAAGUCAUUCCAUCAGUGGGUCAGACCGACAUCCACAUUCCACCUACCCAGCUCAGCCCGAAUAAACCAUGCCUUCACCCCAUAGCUGCUGAGCCACUGAAAAUCUCUUUUAAACCUCUCCUUUUCUUACUUUUCAAUGUUAAAUGGAGCAGAAGCCAAAAGUAGUUAGAUACAACCAAAUAAGAUAACUCUCGCUGUGAGAGAUUGGAGAGUCGCCUCGGUCAUGCCUCUAAAGGAAAGCUCGAUAAAACUUGCGGUGAAAAGCAGGAUGUUGCUCCUGCUGGCUUACACUUCCUCCAUGUGCUGUAUAGUGAAUGCCAGAGAGAGUCUCCCCUCCAAGUAUGAAAAAAAAACACUCACAGCUGUUUGAUAGGAAGCAUUCUGUGUUGUUUUUGUAGGCACAGAAUGAAAUGUGCAGCUAACAGACUUCUUCAGGUCUUGAUGUUCGACCCCAACAGGAAGAUGAGCCCAUGAAAUAAAGAGAGAGUGAGGGGAAAAGUGGGGGCAGUUUAUAACGGGAUGAUUUCAGAGAUUAAGGGGGGGGUGUUUUCCCACACCAGUUAUCAUUUGGGAGAAAGACUGAAUCCCAAGUUCACCUGGACCCUGUUGUUCUCUUGCAAUGAAAACCAACCCCGGACUGAGAAAGUACAUUGGAUAAAAGUGGUUUUAAUUGCAAGUGACAAAGCCCUACCCCCACCCCUUUUUUUUUCUUUCUUUUUUUUUUUUUUAUUAAACAUUACUGCAGCAUUUAUGUAUCGGAUCACUGUAUGUUUUUGGACAUUUUCCUUGUUAAGAGCUGGCCUUAACUCUGUUGAUUUUAAUUGUUGAGUGGGUACUCUUGAGGCCUGGGCCUAAUCUGCAAUUUCUCAACCAGUGUGGACACUCAUGUCAUAGAUUACAUAUAUCUAUAUAUAAGAUUACGUGCUUGGUACACAUGCACACAUAAAUUCAUAAUUACUAUUCUAAGUGUAAGUAAAACCAUACACAGUCAAUGCAAUUCACUUUGCCCUUCCCUUUUGAUGGGAGCGUCCUCUUAAGUUUUUAUUGGAUAGAUGAAAUAUGUUACCUGCAUUAUUGGCUGAUUUUACAAUGCAAAAAAAAAAAAAAAUCUUAAACCCUGUGUGAUCCACAUGUGAUGUUUUCAGUGUUGGAGAAACCAUCAGAUGUGGACAUUUUCCUGUGUAAAUCCAUCCAAUGUGAGAUAGCUCCGUUGGACUUUUAUAAUUUAAAUAUUGCCCUCCAUUGUAUGAUGACCUGAGGUUAAUAAAUGGGAGAAAGCCA